GCUGAUGAUAGCUGCUCAAGCGUUGCAGCUGCGAACGGCCUUACAAAUGAUGACCUAGAAAACUUUAACAAGAAAACCUGGGCUUGGAAUGGAUGCUCCAAUGUUUGGGUUGGCACUAUUGCUUGCCUAAGUAUAGGGAGACCACCAUUUCCAGCUCCUACAGCUAAUGCUGUAUGCGGCCCGCAGGUACCUGGAACUAAGGUACCAACUGGAGAUAGCGAUAUCGCCAGUCUCAACCCUUGCCCGCUAAAUGCAUGCUGUAAUAUCUGGGGACAGUGCGGUACUACCGAAGAGUUUUGCAUCAAUACUGGUACUGGUGUUGCGGGAACUACUGGACCUGGCACCAAUGGAUGUAUUUCAAACUGUGGUACCUCAAUCAUUAACGGUAAACCGCGUGAGUCCUUGAUAAAACUCGGCUAUUUCAAGGGCUAUAACUUUUCUAGCCGUAGCUCUGUUUAUCAGAAUACCCUCCAGGAUGAUGCCUCACAAUAUUCACACUUGCACUUUGAUUUUGGCUCAAUUACACCCGACUACGAGAUCAACACUGGAGAUACUAUGACUACCGAUGAAUUUAAUAGCUUUAAACUUAUCCAAGGCCCCAAAAGAAUCUUAUCAUUUGGUAGUCGGACAAUUUCCAAUGAUCCAGUGACUUAUACUAUUAUUCGUGAAGGUGUUACGGAUGCUAAUAGACUACAAUUGGCUACUAACAUUGCUAACUUUAUAAAGAAGCAUGGCCUUGAUGGAGUCAAUAUUGAUUUGGAGUACCCAUCAGCUCCUGGCCUUCCGGCUAUCCAUCCUAGGUCCAGGGAUGAAGGUGAAAAUUAUUUAGCUUUUCUUGUCCUUCUAAAAGAUUUGCUGCGGGAAAGAUCGGUUUCCAUUGCGGCUCCUGCCUCAUACCAGUAUUUAAAGGGCUUCCCAAUGGACCAGAUUGGGGAAAUUGUAGAUUAUAUGGUUUACAUGACCUUUGACCUGCACGGCCAAGUAAGUAUACGGAUCCCAUCACCUUGGAAACUUAUCACAAAGGCUGGUGUCCCCUCGAAUAAGGUUGUUGUCAGCAUGCCUAGCUACGGGAGAUCUGUUGCAAUGGCUGAAACUGGCUGUCAUACGCCGGAUUGCUUAUGCACUGGAGGGCCCCAAUCCUCCAACGCAGCAAAAGACGUAUGCGCUCAGACUGCCGGAUAUAUUGCUAAUGCAGAGAUUGAAGAGAUACUUAAAGAUCCAGGUCGAAUCAAUCAGCACUACAUUGAUGGAGCAAGUAAUAGCAAUAUUCUUGUAUACGACAAUACCCGAUGGAUUUACUAUCUGAGUGCUGAAGUCAAAGAAUCACGAACAGCUCUAUUUAAUUCGUUAAAUAUGGGUGGCACCGCUGAUUGGGCCAUUGACUCAGCAUCUUAUCACAACCGCCCUGCCAACGCUGGGGGUUGGAGCAAUUUCCUACAGAAACGCAGGCCAGGAGAGGACCCUUACGGGGUUGAAAAGCGAACUGGGAACUGGACUGAACUAACUUGCGAAGAUCCGGGAGCUGCAGAUCGCAGUAGUCUGCCUCCCUCCCAGCGGUGGGGAAGCUUGGACUGUAAUCACGCUUGGCAGGACGCGAUCAAUAUAUGGAAGACUGUCGAUAAGCCCCGAUCAAGCGGUGAGAAUAAAGCGUUCCUAGCAUCUAUUUCAAUUACAUUCAGUGGGCCAGAAGGCGCAGACUGCGGCAAGUUAUACGACGCGAGCUGUGAAAAUACCCGAACAUGCGACACGUUCCACGGGAAAGGCACAGGUGCAGCGGCCUUUCUAAUAUGGAACUCCUUGGUGAUGGUUCACAAUUCAUCUAGAAUCCAGCUAACCGACGCCAAACCAUCAAUGCAGAUGUACAACGACAUCGAUAAAAAUCUGCAAAGAGCUACCAGCGAUUUAGUCAGCUCUGUAUUUGACUUCACAGACAAGUUCUUACCGACACUUCCUGCCGACAAUAAGUGGUUGCUAGCCAUGAUAGAUCUACUCCCUAUCGGGACUGCUGCGAUUGGCGGAUUUGUUUUUCAUUCUUGGAAACCUACUCGAGAUGAUGAACUAAAGGCUACCACAUCACUUCUUAUCGGACAAAGUACAAGACUUGCUACAAGCUUGUUAGAUACCCCGACGCAAGAUGAGUUCUCCAACUAUCUUGGUGAAACCAUCUAUGCCUGGGGCAAUAUCACAGCAGUCGCUCUCCGUGACCUGUUCAACGGCAGUGAUACCUCGAUAACUACGCUUACAGACAUUAUCUCUGACGGCAAGCUCAUUGAUGGACGAAAAGAUAAUCAAGAUGAUGUUAGUGUCUUGAAUACUAGAGCCGAUGCACCCAUGUAUGAUGCUGGUAUUGCGAGAAUUGUCUUUGGUUUUGCUAUCCCUACCAUCUGGACCGCCGCGGGGACAUUCCCUUUUAUCAUUGACUCCGGCUAUCUAUGCGGCACAAUCGACCCGCUCGACUCUUUCCUCUCUGUGGAAACUAUGCAUGCCACAGCUAGCUGCGUUGACGACAAACUCUACUAUCUAGCUUCACCAAAAGGCGACGCACGUGUCUUUGUACCUCAUCCCCGCGGUAGCGGCGGGUAUUACAGAAACAACAAAUUCUCAGCACCGCCUGGGGUCGAGUUUUUGAACCACGGGAACUCUUUCAAGGGUGUUACUCUGGAUGAUAUAGUUAAGGGAGCUGUCAACACGUACAAACAGAAUGGAGGCAGAAACGGUGGCAAUGUAGCUGACCCUAGCGAUGCUGGGACCCGCGAAAGGCUCGUAAGUCAAGAUAUCACAACGCCAGGUUUCAUCCGUGUGCCUGUCUGCCGCCCGGACGCAGCCUUCAAGUCAUGGUUGGGACUGAACAACAAGCCUGAUACCCCGUUGGAAAACUAUCCGUGCUCCCCACUAUUAGCCAGGGAUGAAUGCGAAGCCUCAACGUUCGAGGACCAGACGAACGGCGGGUCCCCGCUAGUGUCUGAUUGCAAGACAAUAAUUAAGAACAUUGAAGGAACCGAUGGUCAGUGGACUACUCAAGUUGUCAGCAAGAACCAGCGCCAGCUCGUUGAUUUUGGAACCUGCAAAUUUGGUGUGGAAGCGACUAAAGUGAACGGAAACAUAGCCUUCUACGUUGGCGCACAGGACAUCGUUGAUAUUAUCACAGACGCGAUUAAGCAGUUUGCCAAAGACGGCAGGGUUGCUGCCAAGGGCGACAUGUCGUGCCGGGGGAACGCCCAUGGCCAGAAUGUCAAAUGGGGGAUCUAUUAA